UGCAGGAGGAAGGAGCGCUUCAGCCUCUCUGUCUCUCUCUCUCUCUCUCUUUCUCACUCACUCACUCACUCAGAGUGCUAGUAUAAUACCUUUCAGUUUCGUCUUAAAAAAAAAAAAAACCACACACACCAGAGAGAAAGAAAUCCAUUAUCGACCGGGUUCCGUCAUCUCACCGAUCACAUUUGGUAGAAGAUUUCACCCUUUGCCUGGUGUUGGUCGGCGCUCAGAAUCGACAAGGAGAGUUUUAUAUAUUAAAAAGGAAAGAAAUCGUGAAGAAAUAACCCGAGUGCGCGUUUCUCACUGACAGCAGCAGCACAACAAUGGCACUGAAGAGAAUUCACAAGGAGCUGCACGAUUUGGGCCGUGACCCCCCUGCCCAGUGCUCAGCAGGACCAGUAGGGGAUGACAUGUUUCACUGGCAGGCCACAAUAAUGGGACCAAACGACAGUCCUUAUCAGGGUGGCGUGUUCUUCUUGACCAUUCACUUCCCCACAGAUUACCCCUUCAAACCGCCAAAGGUUGCGUUCACCACAAGAAUUUACCACCCAAACAUCAACAGCAAUGGCAGCAUCUGUCUGGAUAUUCUACGGUCUCAGUGGUCUCCUGCACUCACCAUCUCCAAAGUCCUGUUGUCUAUCUGCUCUCUGCUGUGCGACCCCAAUCCGGACGACCCCUUAGUACCCGAGAUCGCCCGCAUCUACAAGACUGACAGGGAAAAGUACAACAGAAUAGCUCGGGAAUGGACACAAAAGUAUGCAAUGUAGUUUUGGAGGUCUAAUCAUGGUGGGAAACAAACAAAAAAAAAAAUUUACACCUCUCCAUCUUAAAGUUAGGGGAGAUUUGAAAGUUUAAGAGAUAAAAAAAAAAAAAAAAAAAAA